UCACAUAUAUAUUUUCUUCAUUCAUACAACAAAUGAAGUAACAGUUUCUUCUUCAAAAAUAUUUCGAGGGCUCUAAUCUAAUCGAAGAAAAAAUGUGUAAGAUCCCAAUUUUUGUUUUGUAUGAUGGGAAAUGGGAUGAAACCACAAAGAAGUUUGUUGAUAACAAGUGCACAGGAAUAGUAAUUGAGAAGAAUAUUAACUACACUGAGUUGCUUGAGAAAUUGUAUAGUGUUUUAGAGUUGAAUCCCACUCAAAGCAAAAUAGUUUUGAAGAUUGAUACAUCAAUCCCAGUACCAUGUUCUUCUCCAUACAUGGAUCUUUCGAAUGAUAAUGAUAUUCAGUUCUUCUUGUCCUUGAACGAAAAGGAUAACAAUCGUUGUCCCUUGUAUGUCAGCAUUGUUGGUCCAGAAUAUUCUAAAAAAAACCCACCACCAUCUGUUUCUUCGGGCGGAAGCAACAAUCGCUUUUCGAGGAUUCCUUUAAAGGAAAAGCAAAAUAUUGAACAAGAAGCAGAAUCUAAGAGCAAGGUUGUGUUGGGAGAUAGGUGUGGUGGUAAUGGUUCAAGUAAUGGUAACAAGUCUUUUGUUAAAGAUGGAAAUGUAGGGAAUGGAGUCAAAAGAUUUGAAGAUAUUAAGGUGGGUGACUUGUUUUGGGACAAAGAUACAUUGAAGAAGAAGAUAUAUCUUAUUGGUAUGGUAGGGAAUUUUAAGAUUAGAAUUGUGAGGUCUACUGCUAAGAUACUAGAAGUUGGGUGUUUGGAUGAGCAAUGUAUGUGGAAAGUUUAUGCAGGAAGGUUAAGCAUUACUGAGUUUUUUGAGGUGAGAACUUAUGAUAAUGUGCAUACUUGUGAUUUGGAUGCUGUAAGAGGAAAAUAUACAGGAUUGUCUGGUAAGAGAAACAAAAAGCCAAGGAUUCUUCUUUUUGAUGAUGAAGAUAUCGUGAGGAAGUGUGGCAAAUGUGGGAAACCUGGUCAUAAUCGCCGAAAUUGUAAGCUUCUAUUUGUUAUUCUUAACUUUGAUUCACAUUUUACAUUGUUGUUGUCAUUUAUUAGAAACUCCUUACCCUUUACCACACACUUUGAUCUAACAUAGAACUCAUCACCAAAAGCUAGCCUGAGAUUAGGGUGCUCGAGUAGUUAUAUACCACAUACUAAUAUCACACUUAGUUGAUGUGGGAUCCCAACAUAAGUGAGGUUUGUGAUGUGAUUUUGAGUGUGUUGUAAACACUCUGAAUUUUCUCUUUCUACUGGAAAAUCCGAAGCAGCCUGUGGACUCAAGCGCAAAUUGAGUGCUUAUGUUAAUAUUGUGUGUUGUUUUACACAAUUGUUCACUUAAUUAGGUUGAUCAUGACUAAUUAUUUCUGGUUUAUUCUUAAAUUUUUUAGAAACAUUAAAUGUAUAUUUUUCACAAAUUGCUCUUACUGCUUUUAUACCCAUAUCCUUUACUCUCAUAGACUCAUCUAACCAAUGAAUUGGCCUUAAGUCCUUAUUGAUAUAUUUGUUAUUAAUAUUUUUAAUGUUGACAACUAUGAUAGUUACUGAUGACAGGACAGGUAGGUCAAGCAGUCAUGCUUGUUUUCUCAUCAAAUAUUGCACAAUUUUGCACAAAUACCAGUGUACAAAGAAAAAUGGACACAUUUCUUCCUUCUACAUGGUUAUUAUUAUACAAUCAGUCUAUCUACAUAUCUAUUGACUGUUGGAAUACUUAAUAGUGGGUCUUAAUGUGUAACCAUAAUGCUAUCUAUUGAAUAAGCAAUAUGUUUUCUUGUAAAAGAAGAGAGAAUAGUUAUAUAGUGUUCAUUAGUACAAUCUUAAUUAUGUUUUUGAAUGAUCAAACCUCAUUUUUAGAAAGAUAUUUAUAUAUUAAUUAAUUCAACUGUAUUCUUUGAUUUUAACAUGAUUAGGAAUUCUAGACUUAGAAAUUGUCUUUAAAAUUUUCUACUUGUGAACAGAUUGUCCUGCUUGAUUUUUAUAGCUUAGAAUUUACCGAUGUUCAAGGCCUUAUGAAAAUCUGGGAACCAUGUUUGUUUGGACACUUCUAAUGACAGGUUAUCACGAUUUUGAUAAUUCUAGUGGGGAAGAGACAGAGUAGUUCUGAAACUUCAUUAGUGAAAAUAUUAAGGUAAUAUGUUCCUACCAUAAUUUGACACAAGUGUUUGAUAUGUGUACUUCUACGAAGCUUGUAAACUUUCUCAGUAUAAAAUUCUGUAAGUGGGAAAUUUUCAUUUAAAAGUAACUGGGUACCAAUUUUGUAGUUUCAACUAGACAAUGUUUGCUUAUUCCUUCAUAUGUCAGGUGUUGGACAAAGAUUAGCCUCAAGUAAAAGCUGACUUGGAAAAUCUUGGGCUGUGACUUAAAGCUUUCAUCUUAAUGUUGGUAUUAAAUAUGCGUUAUAUUGACAAUUUAUGUUGUGUUUUAGGAAGUUAAGACCUUUUCUUUUUUGCAUUUAUUGUUCUUGUGAAUUUCUUGUUUUACAUAUUUCUCUGUUAAUACAAAGACAAGGAAUUUGAAUUGAUCAUAUGAGUCAUUAUUAAUGUCA